AUGUCGGGACCAAUUCGUAAAGGCCUGGCAAAUAUCCUCCAGAAAUCACCGAAUGAUAUCGUAAUCUUAUCAUCACUCCGCACACCCAUAACGCGCUCCUACAAAGGACAUCUCAAAGAUGCCUAUCCCGAAGAACUCCUAGCCGCGGUGCUGCGCGCCACUAUCGCAGCAAACCCCAAUCUCGAUCCUGCCUUAGUUAGCGACGUUGGCAUCGGCGUCGUGCUCUCAGAGCUCGGGGGUUCAAAAGCAGGUCGCAUGGCUAUGAACCAUGCUGGCAUCCCCACCACCACUUCUUUCUAUACCGUAAACCGAGCCUGCAGCUCAGGACUCAGUGCCAUCACCAAUGUGGCACAGCAAAUUUCUACGGGCAUGAUGGACAUCGGCAUUGGAGGCGGUAUGGAGAGCAUGACGAGGAACUACGGGUCAAGAGCGAUACCAGUAGACCUGUGGCCCGAGUUGAAAGACAGUCCAGUUAAGGAUGCGAGGGAUUGUAUUAUGCCUAUGGGGCUUACGAGCGAGAAUGUGGCAGAGCGAUACGGAGUCAGUCGUGCGGAUCAGGAUGCAUUUGCAGUCAUGUCCCAUCAGCGGGCCCUCAAGGCGCAAGAGGAAGGAUUGUUCGAUAAGGAGAUUAUCCCGGUGCAUACAAGGUACCAAGAGAUCAAUAAAAAGGGAGAUAAAGUGGGAGACGAGACAAUGAUCACGGUUACCAAGGAUGACGGCAUACGAGCAAAUGCGUCGUUUGAGGGAAUGCAGAAAUUGAAACCUGCUUUCAAAGAGAAUGGCACUUCAACCGCAGGGAAUUCCUCGCAGAUUUCCGACGGAGCGGCAGCAACGCUGCUGAUGAGACGAAGCACGGCGACGGAGCUGGGCUUAUCAUCGUCGAUUAUCGGGAAGUGGGCGGGGACACAGGUUGCUGGCUGCAGGCCGGAUGAGAUGGGUAUUGGACCUGCUAUUGCGAUUCCGAAAUUGCUCGAAUACACCGGCCUAAAGACGGAAGAUGUUGGGAUUUGGGAAAUCAAUGAGGCGUUUGCAAGUCAAUCUAUCUAUUGCGUGAGGCAGUUGGGUCUGGAGAAACAGCUAGAGGAAGGGAGGGUGAAUCCUAAGGGCGGUGCUAUUGCGUUGGGUCAUCCACUUGGAGCAACAGGUGCGAGAAUGUUGGCGGGACUGUUGCCAGAGUUGGAGAGGCAGGGGCUACAAACUGGUGUUGUGAGCAUGUGCAUUGGUACAGGUAUGGGUAUGGCGGGAUUAUUUGUAAGAGAAUAG